AUGACGGAUACAAUAAUGCUGAAAAUGAUGUCCCUUACGAUGCUGGGUGGAGCAGAUUUUGUUGGUACACAAACCCCAGGAAACAAAGCUGGUGAAACGGAUGGCCGUUCAGGCACAGGUUAUCUUUUACUUGGGACAGACAAUGAAUAUAAAGUACGAUGCUGCGGGACAAUCACAGAUUGGACAAUAGUGGCGUCUGCUACUGGUACUAUAUACUUCCAGGUAUGGCGGCCAUCAGGAACCAGUUACACACUCGUUGGAGAAAACGAAGAGACUGUCGUCACAGCCGGUGGUGGGCCCCAGACGUUUGCAAUAGCAGUUGGAAAUCAAAUAUCGGUUGGUGUUGGGGACAGAGUAGGCUGGUAUGUAAGUGGGACUAACAUGGUUGAACACAAGACUGAAGGAGGCAGUCCGGAUAACACUAUUUUAACAAUGGCAAAGCCAACCGUCGGCCAAACUUUAACAUGGAGCGGUGCAACGACUAACAGUUCUGUGACGUAUGCCUUUAAGGCUAAAGUUGAUGCGAAUGGAGGAACAGAUCCAACUAUUGACAGUCCAGCAGACGGCACCAUCCAUACCAUUACCAACGACGUUUCUAUUGGAUACUUCAUAGAUACUGUCACUUGGUCUGAUCCUGAUGUCGGCGACACAUUGACGAUUUCCAUGAGUACAAAUACAAAAUUCAACUUUGACACCGGAACAGGCAAUGUGACAGUAGCCUCAUCCUUGGCUGGGCCGGAUUCAACAGAGCUCCUCGUUUUCACAGUAACCGAUUUUUGCUCAAACGUUGCUUCAUCAACAGCCCCUGUUAUCCACGCUAUGCCAGUAUCCGACUCGCUCCUUGAGGACGCGACCUUGGUGACAUUGCUGUACACAAUCAACGCCACGGACUCUGUUGACACGGUCAGCUGCUCUUUCAAUGGUGUUGUAACAGACCCUUUCACUGUGAAACUAAUUCCAGGAACAUCCAACUAUGGAAUCUAUUCAAAUGCAAAUCCUAACUUUGACUACGAUACAAAAAACCAGUAUGACUUGACAGUGGUGUGCUCGGACGGAUACAAGGACAGCAAUACAGGAACGUUUUAUCUUUAUCUUGUAAAAAAUCAACCCCCUGUGAUUCACAACCUUCAAGGGGCAACGACUCUGUCAACAUCUUCUGGUAUUGGUACGAACGUGUUUAAUGUUAACACCACGGACUUUGAAGGAGAUACACUGACAUAUACCAUGACCUGUGACCCUCCAGCAUGCCCUUUCGAAAUUUUUGCAUCCGGACAAAUCCAGCUUAAUGCGGAUAUUUCAAGCUUCACAACCGUAGGUUACGACAUCGAGAUAACUGUAGCAGAUGCCAAGAACACUGUUGGACCAAAAACAUUAACUGUUUUAAUCAAAGAUAUAAACGACCCUGUUUUGUUAACUAACCUACCUUUGACCUCAUCAUACGUUGUUCCAGAAAACUCUGCGUUAUCUUCAUCAGUGUUUACCGUGUCAUUUUCGGAUCAAGAUACACAAACAUGGACCUUCUCGAUGUCAUCUACGCCAGGAACAGGAUUGUCAUACUUUUCUCUUGAUUCGAGUGGGCUUAUAUCUACUGCCGGUACUGCAUUGGACUAUGAGACCCUCGCGGCAGCUGGGACAACGUCAUUUACGUUUGUUAUAAGCGUCAGUGACGGAACAGCCUCGGAUACAGAGCCUUUAGUAAUUGAUAUUAUCAACGUCAAUGAGGCACCACAGUUCCCUCAGUCCAGCUAUAGUUUGUCAACAACGGAAGGAGCUGCGGGGCAUAUUAUAGGAACACCUUCAUUUGGCGUGAUAGACCAAGAUACUGGUGAUUCUCACACACUCUCGAUUGAUUGUGGAACUGACACGGGCUAUUUCCUGAUGAACCCCUCAACAGGGGAAGUUUCGUACCAGUCCAACUACGAUACAGGUGCUGGAUUGCCAUCAACUGUCACGUGCAAUGUGAUGGUUGAAGACAGUGGCGGACUAACAGAUACAGCAACGCUUAAUAUUUAUAUAAGUGACUCUAACGACAACACGCCUGUUUUCUUCCCUGCUUCAUACUCAUUUUUUAUCAGUUACUAUUCUUCCGUCGGGACUGACGUUGGUACAGUCACAGCAACCGAUGGCGACACGGGAACCUUUGGAACAUUAUCAUAUACAUUAGAUCAAGCCUCUCUACUAGAUGAAUACUUUGCCGUAGACACCAACGGACAAAUCACGGUUCUGAAGUCACCAAGUCCCCUUGGAUAUUCCACGACAGUCACAAUAAACGCCACAGCCACUGACGGUGGAGGAUUGUCGGCUAUAGCAUCUGUUACAAUUGGAAUAUCAGACACCACGACGACAUCGACCACAACAACGACAGAUCGAUACAAGACGUUUAUCGAGGACGGUAGGAAUGUGGCUUGGUUGGUCCCGUGCUGUAUAGUACUGGUAGUUAUAGUAGGCGUUCUCGUCUGGGUUAUCAGCACGUGCAAUGGAGACAAAGGUUGUACAGCAUUUAAAAGACAACUCUGCAAGAAGAAGAAAAAGAAGUGGCGGCCUCGUCCUAGAAGACAAAUGACACCUCCAACACCCCCAACACCACCGAUUCGCAAUCUUAGACUGAAUUCAUAUCGUGUCUCUGUGCGAAAGCCGCCGCCGCCAAAAGCUCAACAAGCAUGGCGAUCAGCAGCAGUUUGAAGAAUCAGCUCUGUUUGACACCAAACGCACCAUACGAUUACCAUGUCUUUUCUUGCAAAUUAUUCGUGAAAGAGAUGCCUUCACGUAUAUAAAAUUGUUGACAUAAAAUGCUUAUCAUGUGUUGUCCUUCAUGAAAUAGUCCUUAGUAAAUAGUUUGAUCACAACUUUGUAAUAGGAAAAUAAAAGAAGGAAAUUAUAGACAAAAAGAUCAGUUAGUGUGAGAUCGUCAAUGGGGUAGAAUUUCAAAUUAUCAGUCUAGCUAUAAUGUUGGACAUUGUGCUCACUGCUACUAGUAGACAACGUCGUUUAUAUGACUGAAAAAAAUGUUGAAAAAGACGUUAAACCCGAACACAUACAUAUAUAUUAUCAGUCUAGAGAAGAAAUAACCCAGAUGUUUUAUACCAAAAGACAUAUUUCAAUAAUACCAAAUACCAAUAAAUACAUAGUAUGUUAAAUAUACAAAAGUUCAAAUUAUUUAUUAAAAUCAUAAAAAUAUACAGGCAUUUCUUUUUAGUCUGCGUUUUAGAAAAAGUUUGAAAAUAUAACAAAUAAUUUCAUAGAUAAGUUCAUAUGGACAUUGUCGUUUUUGAAUAUUCUUCUUUUGCAAUUUUCUUUUUCCCUGUCUUUAUUCGGUUGUUUGUUUGUGCGCAAAGAACAUAACCUCGGCUUAUAUGUACUAGUGUACAUAUAAUAUCAUACACAUUUCCGAUGACAACAACUAUAAUACUCAGUAUUAUUGUUGGCAAAAUCAUUAAAUACAUUUUAUACUUCAUCGAUAGCCUAAAUACGUAAUAUUUGUGUCAUCAUUUUACAUAAUAAUAUGAUGUCAUUGAUCAAAGAUAUUUUCAUUUUAGAGAGUGAUAGUUGUAGCAAUGAAACUCAUUUUGAAUACAGGUACACGUCAUGAGGUCUGCAUCUAACACUAGUAAUUGAAUCUAUAGCUAUCUCAUUGUACGUAAUGUAUUGCAUAUCAAGUAACAAGAAGAUAUCAAGAAGUCGGACUAUUUAAUAAUGCAUUUUUACCUUACCUCUGAAAUUUGUUCAACCUUUAUGUUCUUGUAAAAAGUUAUUAAACAGACAGUUGUUUAUGUAAUCUAU